GAAUAUCAUCGCGCGCUGAUCCGGUGUGCGUUUUACAAACACACGGUUGUUCCCCUUUAAGGAGGCGCGCGUUGCCUGGAAUUCACGUCAUUUCGCCGCGAAGCGUCCGGAUCAAUGAGGUUCCGCGGUGCGUUGCGCUCCCGCGAGCGACGCUUCCAGGAAGGUGUUAUUAACCAUCGCGUUGCCGCAACGUAGCGUCGGCUCGCGCGUUUACAAACAAGAAACACGGAGAAGUUGAAGUGUUGCGCGCGCGAGGCGAGGCCAAUGGAUGCGCGAGCGAGUUGAAAAAUCGCCAGUGCGUCGCGAGGGGAACAUUAUUAUCCAGGAUUACAUUAUUUCACGGAAGAGCAACAAGGGAGAGGAAAGUGGAAACAGAAGAACUUCCUGAAUUUCAACGCGACAUGUCCGAUUCCCCCUCGCAGGUCAUUAUUAAGCAGGAGAGGAGCUCUUUCAGCCCGUUGCCAAAUUCCACUUCCUCUCCCGGUCAUGUGCCGCCCUCAUCGACCAAUGCCAGAACAGAAGAGGAACCGAGCCGCCUGCCGACACACCUGCGCAUGCAGCCGGUGUUCUGGAGUCGCGAGGACGUCGCUCAGUGGCUCCGGUGGGCCGAGCGAGAGUUUGCACUGAGACCGAUCUCCAGCGGGAGCUUCCAGAUGAACGGGAAAGCCCUGAUGCUGCUCACUAAAGAGGACUUCAGAUACAGAUCUCCACACUCCGGAGACGUUUUGUACGAGCUUCUUCAGCACAUCCUGAAGCAGAGAAAACCUCAGUCGCUCUCGUCGUACUUCCCGACCGGAUCCUUCCACACACACAACGACACGCAACUGAUGCACCACAAACAUGAAGAUACGGUACGCCGGCCGGCCCGCACCACAGACGCUCAGUCUCUGCAGCCGCCCACCAUCGAGCUCCGUCACCGCGCACGUUCACCGCAUCAUCACCCGUCAACCCUGCGCUCCUCGGCCGAGGACCCCCAGCAGGCGUCCGUGCAGAUGCCCGACAGCAACCACCACCUGCCCGAGGACCUGUACCCGCUGUCCGUGUCUCCGGCGGCCCACAACGGCCACCCGCGCGCCGCCAGCGCUAGCCCAGAGGAGCCGCCGCCGCGCGUCAUCCAGCUCAUGCCCAGCGCCAUCAUGCACCCGCUGCUGCUGAGCCCAGGACGCGGCCCUGCUCCGGCGGACUUCCGGCACAGCCGCGGCGCCAGCCAGGAGAACGGGCGCGAGGUGAAAGGUCAGAGUGCCGUCCACUACGCAGCUCACGGUCUGAGUCUCGCGGCUCACCACCUCCCCCUGCAGGACGAGAGACCUUAUCGCAACCAGAUCAUCAUGCCUGUGUCUCCGCCUGAGGAACAGGCCACGCCCAUGGGCCGCAUCGCAGACUGCAGGCUCCUGUGGGAUUACGUCUAUCAGCUGCUGUCGGACAGUCGCUACGAGAACUACAUCCGCUGGGAGGAUCGCGAGACCAAAGUCUUCCGGAUCAUGGACCCCAACGGCCUGGCCCGCCUCUGGGGGAACCAUAAGAACAGGACCAAUAUGACGUAUGAGAAGAUGUCGCGAGCACUGAGACACUACUAUAAACUCAACAUCAUCCGCAAGGAGCCGGGACAGAGACUGCUGUUCAGGUUCAUGAAGACGCCGGAUGAGAUCAUGAGCGGUCAGUCGGAGCGUCUGGAGCAUCUGGACUCAGACACGGAUGAACAGAUCUAUGUGAAGGAGGAGUGCUGAACUCCUCAAUCCCAUGAUGCCUUGCUGCGUGUGACCUCUGAACUCUGUGUGACAUCACACACACACACACACACACACUGCUCUUGGCUCGUUCCAGACCUGGUCUUCUCAGUUUUCUAGUCUUGUUCUUCAACUUCAGCUCCACGUGACAAUCACUCUAAUGCCGAGCGAAGCUCCUCUUUCUUAAAUCAGAUCUAGAAGCUUUUUAAUUCUCUUUGGUAAGAAUCUUGUACGAAGACCUGUUGCCAUUCGUAUAAACGUGGGAUUAAUAGAAUGCUGGUGAAAAUGUGAUUCAAUUCUACUCUACAAUAAAUUUUACUGAGUGACACAGGC